UCUCUACAACUCAAGUCACUCAAAAGAAACCAAAAAUCUCAAACUUUAAACAAAGAAAAAUCAAUCACAAUGAUGCCAUCAUUCCCAUUGGUCUCCUUUCUUAUCACUCUCAUGCUGGCUGCAGCUGUGUGCACCCAGGGAAAAGAAUACGUGAGGGACGCUGCCGGAAAUUAUGUUCAAACGUAUGACGAAUACUACAUCCAACCGGUCAAUACCAAGAAUAACGGAGGUGGUCUUGUCCCAGCCGUUGUUAAACAAGUUCCCUUUUGUCCCCUUGGCAUCAACCAAGACCUCCAAAAAGGCCAACCGGGCCAACCGGUACGCUUCAUAUAUCCAUACCCUUUGAUGAAAACACCCAUUUCCAUAAUGGAAACUGUAAUCAUCGAGUUCACGUCUAAAGAUUUGCCUUGCAAAGAGUUUUCCGGUUUAUGGGAAGUGGAUGAAUCCUCAUCAGCUUCCGAUGAGCCGGCUAUUCUCAUCGGUGGUGAACAGCUUGGAAACAACAGCUGGUUUAGAAUUGAGAGAGCUGAGGACGUAAUAGGAGCAAACGUUUACAAGUUGACCACCCUUACCGGAACCAUCGGAUACAUCCCAGGGCCUUGGAAAGGUGCACCACAACUAGUUCUCACCAAUGAUACGGCAAACACCUUACUCGUCAUAUUCAAAAAGGUUAAUGAUGCUACUAAAGCUCCUACUUCUACUUCUCGUGUUGAAAAGUUUGGUCUGAGGAUGUUUCCAUUCUACUAGCUAGCCAACAAUCCAAAAAUCAUGCAAUGUGAAGCCUGGAGUGGAGACUUGUCCAUGGCCAAAAUAAUGGGUUGAGAUAAUACCUACAUGCAUGUACCUGAAACUUCCAUAAAUAAAAAUAAAAUUGUCUC